UGCUGCUGCUGCUGCUGCUGCUGCUGCUGCUGCUGCUGCUGCUGCUGCUGCUGCUCUCGCCCUCCCAUGUGUGUAGCCGUUCUGGCUCGUGCUGUUUUUCGUGCAUGGUGGCAGGGGCGUCUUCGCACCAAUGGCCGCCCGCGAGGGGUUCUGCCAGCUUGUGCUGGACGGACAGGUGCCUUUCGCUUCGCGGGGUGCACGUCUGGAGCGAUUGACUGUCGCGGCGUGGCAAUUUUGCUGUGCGGCCGCUCGACAGCCUCGGGGGCGCGUCGCUCUACAGGGUCCGCCGUGCUGGUCUGCGGUGCAGGUCUGCCGGAGACCUUUUUUUCGGAAUCCCCUUGGGGUCCUCCUGGGGCCCCCUCUGGGGCGUCUCGGGGGCCUCAUUUUCGCUGUCCUGAAGCCAUCUUGGGCUGACCUGGGCCCUUGGACCUCCGUAUGGAUUUGGCGUCGUGGACGCAUCCCACUGCUCCCUUCCUCCAGGUCAACGGGUCGUGGUCGGUACGGGGGGUAGGUGGGAGGGGUCCAACAGCUCACACGCUGCUGACAAUCAGGGGCCGCCGGGUUUUGCGCCUGCCUUGGAGUAUGCUGGAGGAGCACCCUGGUGGCUUCGACGUCAUCAUGGGCUUGCGUGGGAGAGACGCCACCCAGGAGUUCGAGGACGCGGGUCACAGCGAGAGCGCGCGGCAGUGGGCACUGGAGUACACGUCGGGGGAGGUCCUCCCGGAGAGCUGCACUGGCCGGCGGCCGGCCCAGGAAGCCUCUGGGGUUGGGGCUUUCGGCGCGCAGGCGGGCAGCUUGGAGCGGGAAGCGUGGCUGCCGUUGCUAUUGGGACUGGCGUCGCUGGUUAGCGCAGUGGUUGCGCUGCGGCUGCGCGAUUCGGUUCACACUGCUGCCAGGUGAAGUGGCGCUCGGUCGCGGAUGCCCAUGAGCAGGACAGGGCGGGGGGUGCGGAGCUGCAGAUCUUUCAUUUUUUGCUUUUGGCCAGAACACUACAGCCGUUCUGUGUAGCUUGCUUUGGGCAGGCUCUGAAGCACAGCCGCCGGACAGCGUCGGUUGGUUGGUGCCCUGUUUGAACACAUUUAAGUUUGUUGCUCACUUGAACUCCGAAUUACUGCCGCGGCACUGGAAGUUGCGAGAUCCGCUUCUUGUCAGUGCCUGGCCAGUAGUUCGAUUCCUCUGCUCUGCAUGAGGCUGCGUACUACGUGGUGAAGUGCGCCUUCGGGCUGCGCCCGGGGUUUCGAUCUGAUAUUUCUGGCGGGCUAAGUGGCCACUCCGCUCGGAGUGCAGGUCCAAGCUAGAGCGUUAAGUCACGCAGCAAUGGCGCCUGGAGAGAUACAGACUGCUCGCCGCGAGGCGCUGCGCGGGCGGCCCCGCUCGGGCGCCUCGCUCGCCUCCCCUCUCCUCCCGCUGCGCUCCUGCUCGGAGGGGGGCCCCGUGGAGACAGCGGCGGCUCUCCCGACGGUCCCCGACCCAGACAGCCGGCGGCUCCGAUUUUUUCUUGGUGCGUCAGCCCAGGAGGUCCGGACCACUGCCCGGGACCGGUUCCUCGUCCUGGGUCGUUUGGUGGUCUCCAAACCAGGUGGUGAGACACCUGGUGGUGACCCCGAUUCCCCC